AUGCCUGCAGUCGACACUACUGCCGACGAUGGCCUCCUCCACACGCUCAUCUCCUACGCUUCUUCCUACGUGGGCGGCACCUUCUUCGGCACCAUCCCCGCUCCCAUCUUUCAGAUCUUAGCUGGCUUCUCCAACCUGAUUUGGAGACUGGUGGCCGGAGUGUCCAACGACCCAACAUCAUGGACUUCCACCGUCUUGCCGCCUUUGAUUGCCCUCUUCGCAGCUUACCUAUCCCUCGUCAUGGCUUACAGAACUCUGCGGUCCACCAUUCUCCUGAUCUGGUGGGGCAUCAAGUGGGGAGCCAUCAUUGGUGCAGGAAUCGCACUAUGGGCAUGGUGGACUGGCAAUCAGGACGCGAUCAAUAGUGUAGGCGAGACGCCUGGGACUGCUGCAGGACUGGCCAGCUGGGCGGGAGGUCUAGCUGGACUGAAUGGAGCGGCGACAUUGGCCACUACCCUGCCGCUCUUGUCACGUCUGUACGGAGCAGCGACGCAGGAUCGACCAGCCACGACAGGCCGUGGUACGCGAAGAUCUGGAGGACGCAGUGCAUCUUCCAGGUCCAGGCAAGGUGCAACAGGGCAGAGCGUCUUUGAUUCACUCGACGACGAGGACACAAUCGGGCAAGGUGCCGCGGGCAGGACUGACGCCGAAGCUCUGCUGAGCGGUGUCCUCAAUUCAGCCGGGUCAUUCUAUCGAUCAGCUACCUCUGGCGGUCCAGGCAGACAACGCAAGACAAGAUCCACGGCUGAAACUGUGGCCGAUCUUUUCCAGGCUGCCAACGGUGGGGAAUCGCGAGGAGCAGGAUCCAGUGCACGGGGCAACAGACGAGGAACAAGCCCGGAAGGAGAAGGGCAGGGGGACAUACUCGGCGGUCUGCUGAGCUCGAUUGGACUCGAUGGACUUAUGGAUGUCGCUCAGGGGGUGAGCGAUGAAGGAGAUCAGAGUCAGAUGAGUCGCUGGCUGAACAUGAUUCGCGAGACGGUCAAUGAGGCGAAUGGACAGCCAGCAAGGAACAGGCAGCGCACGCCACGAGCGAGGAGAAGGAGCAGCUGGUUUAGCUCUGGGUCUGGCGAGGACAGCGACCUCGACGAGGAGGAUGGCGAUGCUGACGCUGACUUUGUGUUGGAUGACGAAGAUGAGGAUGGAUCGUCAGGGGACUGGCCCUGGUCUUCCUCCCGGCGGCGAGGUCCCGCAUACAAUACGCGUUCGAAGCGGACUAGCAGGAGCGGUAGGCGCGCUUGA